GAGUCGUUGACAAUGCAGGGAACAGAUUUAUCUAAGAGUCCGGUAUGAGCUCCACAAAGCGCGUAGAGUAGAUCAACUAUGUUCUUAAAACUUGGCCCUACUCUCGGAGUCCACUAAAAACGUGGGCGAAGCGACUGGUGGGAAAAAAAAAACGGGAAAUUCAACUGUCAGCUGGCCGGGAAAGCCGAUCACACCACCCGGCUUCCGGGGAUUCAGGGGCCGCAUCGGCUGACGGCAGACGUCGGUAGCUCGGGGGAGAAAGGGCGAACAACCACAUCAUCGCCAACAUCCACCUCUCGGGCCACUUUCGAGAUGUCAAGAAAGCUGCAAAGGACAGAAGUCUGCGCCGACUGCAGUGCGCCAGACCCGGGCUGGACCAGCAUCAACCGUGGAGUCCUGAUCUGUGAUGAAUGCUGUUCAGUCCAUCGCAGCUUAGGCCGCCAUAUUUCUAUAGUGAAGCACCUGAGACACAGUGGCUGGCCUCCCGCUCUGCUGCAGAUGGUUCAGACCUUGGCCAGUAACGGGGCCAACUCCAUAUGGGAACACAGUCUCCUGGAUCCUGCUCAGGUGCAGAGUGGUCGUAGGAAACCCAACCCCCAGGACAAAGUCCACCCCACUAAGUCAGAGUUCAUCAGAGCCAAAUACCAGAUGCUGGCCUUUGUGCACAAGCUGCCCUGCCGCGAUGAUGAUGGCGUCACUACCAAGGACCUCAGUAAGCAACUUCACUCAAGUGUGCGAACAGGGAGUUUAGAAACGUGUCUCCGGCUUUUGUCCCUUGGUGCCCAGGCCAACUUCUUCCACCCGGAAAAAGGAACCACCCCCCUCCAUGUGGCAGCCAAGGCAGGCCAGAUCUUGCAAGCUGAGCUGCUAGUGGUGUACGGCGCAGACCCCGGAGCGCCUGACAUCAACGGACGCACGCCUAUGGACUAUGCUAGGCAGGCGGGUCAUAUAGAGCUGGCGGAGCGUUUGGUUGAGUGUCAGUAUGAACUGACAGACAGAUUAGCCUUCUACCUGUGUGGCCGGCGUCCAGAUCAUAAGAAUGGACAUUAUAUCAUUCCUCAAAUGGCAGACAGAGCUCGUCCUAAGUGUCCAACACAGAGUCUGGACCUUUCGGAAUUGGCCAAGGCUGCCAAGAAGAAGCUUCAAGCGCUGAACAAUCGGCUGUUUGAGGAGCUUGCAAUGGACGUCUAUGAUGAGGUGGACCGCAGAGAAAAUGACGCAGUGUGGCUCACAACCCAGAACCACAGCACCCUAGUAACAGAACGCAGCGCAGUGCCAUUCUUGCCGGUCAAUCCCGAGUACUCUGCCACACGCAACCAGGGACGCCAGAAACUGGCCCGUUUUAAUGCUCGGGAGUUCGCCACGCUCAUCAUUGACAUCCUUAGUGACGCAAAAAGAAGACAGCAGGGAAAAGGUCUCAGUAGCCCGACUGAUCCACUGGACCUGGGCAUUGACGAUGACCAGCAUGACUAUGACAGUGUAGCCUCUGAUGAAGACUCGGACAGUGAGCUGACUACCCAGAACAACAACAAUACACAACGCAGCAACCGUGCAAAGAGUAUGGAUUCCUCAGACUUGUCAGAUGGGCCCAUCACCUUACAGGAGUACCUGGAGGUGAAGAAAGCCCUGGCCUCAUCUGAAGCCAAGGUUCAGCAGCUGAUGAAGGUCAACAACAACCUCAGUGAGGAGCUCCGGCGGCUUCAGAAGGAGAUCACGCGGAUGCAGACAGAGAACAGUGUACUGCGGGGGGGCCAGCAGGCUGGGGGGGCAGCCGGCCAUGGGGUAGGGGGGCCUGGCGGAGGAGGAGGCGGUGGAGGAGGAGGAGGGGUAGGAGGCCACUGGCCGGGGGGCGUGAUGCGAGGAGGAAUUGUUGGAGGUGGGUUUGGGCAAGGAGUGGACCCCCAGGGCCUCUCAGUGCCGUCCUCUGUUGCCCCACACUCCCAUCCCCACCGGAGGGACCGCCAGGCCUUCUCAAUGUACGAACCAGGGGCGGCCCCCGGCCCCACGGCCCUUGGUCCCCCAGCCCUGGACUCCCUGGCAGCUCGCCUGCAGCCCCUCAACACGCCCAGCGUAAGGAAGGGUGGUACAGGAAGUCCAUCACCGUAUGGAGGCCAGCAUCUGUCAGGAUCUAUAGAAAUGGGCAGAUACAUGGUCCCUAAAGCAGAGAAGCAUGGCAGUGGAACAGACAGCGACUAUGACAACACGCAAACAUACGACGUCUCGCUAAGUAUGGGCCGGAGCAGUGAGGAGGAAGGUCGCGGAGACUCUGAGGAGGGAGGAGGAGGUGGGGACGUAGGGGAGCCAGAUCCCACCUUACCCUGUACAGAGGACGUUAUACUCAAAACCGAGCAGGUGACCAAGAACAUCCAGGAACUGCUAAGGGCUGCACAGGAGUUCAAACAUGACAGCUUCGUUCCAUGUUCUGAAAAGAUCCACUCUGCUGUCACUGAGAUGGCCUCACUCUUUCCCAAACGGCCAGCAUUGGAUGCAGUCCAUUGCUCCCUCCGGCUGUUGGCGUCCAGUGCCUCGAGGUUGCAGGUGGAGUGCCGUAAAGCGGCGCCUUCAGAGCCCGGAGCCCCUGCCGUGGACUACCAGCUCCUCACUCAGCAGGUCAUCCAGUGCGCCUAUGACAUCGCCAAGGCUGCCAAGCAACUGGUUACCAUCACCACUCGUGAGAAAAAACAGUAAAUGCAAAGAUGGAUGGAGAGGGAAGAGGGAAAGAAAAAAAAGGAUCAAUGCAUGGUGGGAAAAAGAGGGAUGGGAAAGGCUUCCAGGAGAGGAAGAAAGAGGGAACAUAUAAUCAUACGACCAGCGGGAGAACGAGGGAGGGGAGUGACAGAGAAUGAAGGGCACAGUGAGGAACGGAAACGGCCUUCAGCGAAAGGUGGAAUAUGCAUGGAAAAUGAAUCAGAUGAUGAUUGUUGAGUCAAAACACUACAGAGGAAUGUUAAACGAGCAGUUCUACACAUGUGGAAGCGAACGUAGAAAAGGACGGAGGAGACGAUCCAACCUGGGAGCUACAGUGAACAGCUGGAACCGGACGGGGAAAGUGAAGCCGUUUUAACUGUGAUACGCAAAGGUCGUUAUGUACAGAAAGGCAGAUCCCGAAAUAUUAUCGCUUUAUUUAUUCUCACGCCACUCGUCAUCCCUCCCUCUCUCCACGUUUGCCCGAACCAGGGAGGGUGGGGUGGGGCGAGUCAGCUACGGGUGAAAACUGAAGACGUAUGGAAGUAGACAGACCGACUGUGAUGUACUCCUCCACGCCACCUCCGUCCCUUCGUCCUGAGAGGAGGAGGAGGAGUAAGGAUGUUACUUUCCUCUCUGGUCCAUUCCUUUGCCACCUCCCCCUCACCCCCCACCCCCGCCUGGAAAUGAGACCCCUCUGUCUCCAAUCCCGUCCCAGACAGGAUGAGCUUGCGGUGCUGAGACGGACCCCCUGGGACCCAUGUAGCUCCACCCUACUCCUACCACACAACCCACCCUCUCAGACACUUCUCUCUGGGUUACCUUUUGCAGGGGGGGCGGGGGGGGGGCUCCCCAGAUUUUUUUCUGACCUGUCACCCCCCCCCCUCCACCCCCCCCUGUCAGUGGUACAAAGCAUGACCUGGCAUGUUUUCAUUUCUUUCCUCUCUGUUUUUUCUUUCUUUUUUCUUUUUAAUAUGCAGAUUGCUUCGGUCUGCACCUCUGAGGACAAACAUUACUGACUUACAAAAAAACAAAACACUUACACUGGAAUAAUUGUGAUUUGUUGUUAUUGUUUAUCCUAUUGCCUAUUGUUUGUUUUUGUAUUGAUAUUUUUACUGACUGUCAUUUUGAUUUAACUGUUUAUGUAUGUUUAUUUCAUGGUCUCAUUUAAUGGAAUAGGGAGACAGAUACUAGGACUUCAGUUAAACAUCUACGUACAGUACACACAUAAACGAACCUGUGAAACGGUCCUCAACAUUUCUAACGCACUCCUAUUCCGGGUGACAGUUGAGGUUAUUUUUUUUUAUUUUAUUUUGUCCUGUGGUCAAAGGGUUGAAUAGUUGCCAAAUGGGAGAGGGUAUUGAUGGGAAUUUGCUUUCAGUUUUGGUUUACUGUCGCACCAAAAGCCCCUUAUUACCAGAUGUGGUUCAGAUAUCCUCAUCUGUCUCUUGAUUUACCUUACUUUUGCCUCAUUUAACAGAGCCAGUGGAAUCAUCUCAGAAUUAAACCCAUGAUCUUUUUUUGUUUUUUUUACUCUGCCAAGUGGGAUACUGCAAGCAAAAGCGCUCUAUUUGGUCUUGUUUAUGAAUGAGAAUUAACCCCCCACCUCAACCACAGACUCGCUUUGUAGAGUUAUUUACAUGAGAGGACAGUGUGUGAGCGCCUGGUGCCAGCGAGUAUUUGCAUGCAUGUCUGGAAAAUGUUCAGUCACGUUAAGUUGGAACAGCGCACCGAUAUGUUACAGUAAAGAAUAAAGCCGACCUGUGGAAAUCGUCAGAUCUACAACGUACAGCACAUACACUUAGAGGUUUGCAUCGUAAAAUGGACUAAUUUAAUUUGUCACCUCAAAUGUGUUUUAUUUAGUUUGCCGCUUUUUUUUUCCCUUAAGCUCGCUUUCUGUUUUUCUCUGUCACCGCCUGCUGACGUGGGUUUCAUUUCUCGCCCUCUGCCUCUGAACGCCACCAGUGGAAGAGAGAGCGACGGGAACAAAGAUGUUUUCCUUAAAAGAAUAGCGCACUUAGCCUGUUUGUAGGUUUUCUUGUCCUGUGCCGAACAAACGCGAUCACACCUGUAACGCAAAAUACAGAUGGGAUGUUGGCAAGUCCUUUCGAGCUGCCUGAAGGAUCACCCCCUUCUAGGUCAGAUUCAGUUUUUCACCCCCUCUUCCAACACUUUAGCGGCUGCUUUCUCAAAGUGUGUGUGGCUUUAACGUUCAAUAAUCAUGCCUACAGAUUUACUCUCCUGAAAACUUCAUCUUCAUCUCCUUCAAAAAGCAGUUAAAUCUCAUGUUUUGCUUGUGUAGCUGCCUUUGGCUAGAAACAGAACACACACUUUGAGAGACAAACCCACUCUUUUUUUUUUUUUUUUUUUUAUAAAUUUUCAUUGUUUGGGAUCUCUUCUGUCAGUGUUUCAGUAGUUGCACAGAUGCCGCUUAAAGGCAGGAGGAGGGAGGGGGUCAGAUUGUAUCACUGUUUGAUUUGUGAAUGCCUUUGCACAUCUUCAUCUCCUGUUCGAUUGAGUUGCAGCGACGUCGCACUGACCGCCUAAAUACUUCCGUACACACUUAACACUCAAGGGGCCAGUAGAAAAGCUCAUCCCUUCAAUCAUGAUCGCCCAAGUUUUUAGAUUAGAGCCAUAUAUAUGAACAUAUAUUUUCAUGCUAUAUUUUAUAUUAAGCUAUAUGUUAGGAUUAUGUUUGGGAGAUAUUUAUGUGUACUUGUGGGCCCAAAUGAGCUUCAGAUCACAGCAUCAAUUUCCCCCUAAGUUUAAAUUAAGCCUCCAAGUCUUGACACCCAGCGUACUUGUAGAUACUUGUGCAUGUGGUUACACUGUGGUAUUUCCUACCUUUGUAAGUCAUAUUUUACAUAGAAGCGAUCCUACUGGAAUCCACAGGAAGCAGAAAGUGAACAACAGACUGAUAUUAACGACAGGAGUAUGGGUUUAAUUGCACUAUUUUCAAACACCAGCUGGGUGACGUGGGAUCUACGUUACGUACUGCACUCAUCCGAAAGGUCUCAGCUCAAGUACAAGAGGUGCAGGAUGCAGGUUUAAUUAGUUACGGGGUAAUAGGGAAGGUCUGAAGCGCACUUGGGCUUAGCACUACAGUCAUCUCAAAAACGGCAGGAGGAGGGUCUCAAAACGCACACGGCCCGGUCCUUCCCUCCGAGUUAGCGGACACUACGUAGGGUGCCUCUAGUGUGAAUGUUCAAACUCCUCUGUCACUUCAUGUCUGACACUUUCUACACCUCCAUUAUGUCCGGAGUUCAGCACAUACUUUUCCAGAGUCAGACACAAUUUCUGAACACUCAACAUGUGGACCAAGCCUUCCACAAAUACAGACAUUUACAUUUGCAGCCAGUGAAGUACACACUCACACACAUAAACACACACACAUACACACUUCAGAUACUCAGCCAUUGGCAGUGCACUGUGGCCUGUACUGUUGCUGUCCCCUUGUUUCUUUGCAGAUCUACACUUUGGGAGAUGGGUGACGGGAGAGUUAUCUUUUAACUGAAGACAUUAAAAACUGUAUAAAGUAGAGAAAACAAUGACUUAAAGAGGUCAAUCGUAAUGUAAACUCAUAAGCUGUACAUUUGUAAUAAAAUAAUAAAACAAGUUAAUUGUCC